GCACCAGCUUGCAUUCCCACCAACAGUGUAGGAGGGCUCCUAAAAGGGGGAUUAUUAUGUAUACAUAGAUAUGGAAGAAGAACUUAAAGGUUUGCACCAGGAGCCAGCUCUGUGUAGUAAUGUUGGUGUGGGGUUGGGGGUGAGGGAUCUUGAAGUUAGCAUGUUCAGUUACUGUUCUAAAGUGUGUUUCUUUUUACAUACUAUAAUAAGAAUGGGUUAUGUUUGCAAUUAAAAAUAAUGAAAGAAGACCAUAUUUCCUUCUCCAGGAUGUCUUGAGAAAGCUGAUUUUAUUGUCCUCUUUGUUGCUCCCCUGUUUCUGACAGGAGGCCCCACUGUAGCAUAAGGAUCAUUGUGUUGCCUCACCUCCACCUGUGAACCCCUAAGAACUGAGAUGAGUGCUCAUCUUUGAAUUCUCCAUGGCUAACCACCAGCCUGGCCCCAAAUACUCACUGUAUGUUUGCCAAAUGAACGAACUAAAGGAUUUACUUAAUGCCAUCAAUAUGUAUUAAGUAGCUCCAAAGAUAAUGGAGCUUGAUACCAGUAGGUCAAAUAGCUUUUUGACCUUCAGAUCUACAUUCUUGUUCAAUUAACCUUGCUAAACAUAGUAUUCUUGUUUUUCCCAUUUUUCUUUAAGGGCUUAUCUAGUAAUUGGUGUGGGAGAUGGUACUAAUUUUUUUAAAUGAAAGCCCUAAUGGAAAAGAAUUAUAUGCAAUAAAGUGGAGAAAAUUAAUUGUUUCAUGCCAAUGUAGGUUUCCAGUAUUAAGCUAAAUUUUCUUGCCUAAAUGAGAAGGGUAAGAUAGCUGAAUCAGCCCCAAAUCUUUUACCUAAUGUUAGGAUCACAAAUGGAAGCAAUUAUAUUGCUGGCAGAAAUAAAUCAUUCCAAAACUAGGUCUGUGCAGACAGUUCUUUAUUGUGUUCACUUAAGGUGGCUUUUAUUGGAAUGGUCCCCAGAAGCAGAGAUCUGUUAUUUGCUGAUUUCUUUGAAAAGUUCAUCUUCAAGUUUCUUAAUAAUCUGAUUAUACUUUGUUUAUAUGCUUAUACUACACACAUACAUGUAACGUUACUUAAGACCCCAUUUCCUAAAGAGAGAACAUCACUUGAAAAACAGAGUCCAUGAACCAGCCAACAGUGUGUAACCAUAGCUGUUAGCAACAAAAACAAAGAAUUUCCCAGGGAACUAGAAGCCCGGGAUUUGGUAGAUUGCUUUCCAGUGUUAUUCCUGGAAAGCUGACACACUGAGCCAUUUGCAAACAUUUUCUUGAGUGUCCACCUGAGGGGGGCAGGGAGGUGGCCCUACUAGGCCAUGGGCCAGACUGGUUGAAACCUAGAUCUCUCCCACCAACAUGAUCUCCCAGCACAUGCAAAGCUGGCCCUGAAUAAGGACUGCAGUGAUGCUGCUAGUCCCUGAUGGAAAUUAUUUUUCUGCUCUGGUAAAAAUAAUCGCUGCUUCAGUAUCCAGGCUGGAAGUGUCGCAGAGAAAACAAAACAAUCACUAAAGAAACGGUUCGUGUAUAUUAGUUCGUGCAGCAGAUAAGGGUUAGGAGGUUGGGAUCCCCCUGGGAGUGGGUGGCUAGGAAAAGUGAACGGAAGGGAGCGGUGGUGCGCAGCAAUUUCAAGCUCUCUUCCUCGCUCCCAAACCCUGGCCAAGUCCAUAAUUUUAAAGCAACGCGAAAACUGAAUGUGUCUGGCUUUUAGCUGCGUCCUCGGCUGAGCGAACCCCUUUGCUGAGUUGCCGCGUCCGGGCUUUACUUUCCAGGGAACGAAAUUCAGACCGAAGGGUCACAGAAGCUUUGUGCACGCAGAAAAUAAGAAUUUCCUUUUUCUUUUAGCCAGAUGCAGGUGAACAGCUCUCAAGUCCUGCAGGGGCUCCGGGGGGUAAGAGUUAGGCUUUGCUCCCCAAAGCCGCCAACGACAGCCCGGCAGGCUGCGGUCGGUUCCAGAGGUUCCAGAGAAAGCUACACCUAGUCUCGGCGCGGUCUCGCCCGGGAGUUCCUGCCCACGCUACGCCCUCCCCCACCCCUCCCGGCAACGCACCCCCCUGCAAGUCUUAGCGUGGCCAGUCGCUCCCGCCCACCUCUGGGGCACUGUCGCCCCCGCGAUCCACCAGAUCAGUGGAAGGUUCUCCCUCCAGAGACUUUAGCUUUUGCUUUUAUGCUUAUUUCACAUCCUUACCCCACUUGGAACGUGUGUCCCAGGCUCCGCAGUCCGGCAGGGCCACAGAGCCCCCACCCCCGAAACUCCCCCAGAGCCACGCCAGUCAUCCCAGUUGCCUCCCUGAAAAGCGCACGGACUGGGGAGCGUGUUGCCCGCGACAGGGAAGAGGCCAGCCUUGGCGUCCUAAAGCACGCCGGGGAGGCGUCCUGGGGCUGUUGGUUUCUCCAAUAUGAGGGCACGGGCGCCCAAGCAUCAGGAAGCCCCGCAGCCCUCUGGCACCGACUUUUCCCCCUCUCCGAUCGGGCAGCUGGACAAGGUCCUGCGGCUGUGCCAGUAGGGGCGGCGGACAGAAAAGCCUCUGAAGCUCCAGAAGGGAGGGGCAAGGUUGGGGCGGAGGGUGCUGUCACUUGUUGCCGCUAAUAAGCUCGACCCUGGAGCGCUGCUGUUUCCACAAUCUUUAGCUGUGCCCGGGAUCCCCCACCCCGCUCUCCUGGGCUCGGAGCUGGAAGGAAGAGGCCAGCGCGAGCGGCUGACAUUGCGGUAGGAGAGGGGAGGGCGCCCGGAGAGCCCGCCUGGAUGGGCGCUGGGGUGCGGGAGAGGUGCGAGUGGGGUCCCGCUAGCUGCAGCUGCCCGGGCUUCCAGGUGCACAGCGUCCGCCCUGACUGGGAAACCGCGCGGGACGCAACCCAUCGCAGCUCGUCACAUACUUACAAAUCGCUGUCGCUAGGUUUCCCGCCACUCCUCUCAGACCAGCCCCCCCCCCGCCCCGCCACUUUUCGGAGUCCCCCGCCCUCAUCACUGCCUCCCGGGAGCUGCGGGGCAUUCGGACGCGGAGCCGCGGAGCCGCGAGGACGCCUGGCUGUAGGUGCCCUCUGCAGCGAGCCGGCGCCCCUUGCCCUUCGCCGCGGGGUUGGGCGGUCACCCCCGCCGCCCUCGCUCUGCCGCUCGCGGCUCUCUUCCCCGCUCUCCUCCCGCAGGUCCCGGAGCUCCGCCACCACCGGGUGCGGCGCGGCAGGCGCGAUGCGGCAUCUGUGCCGGGGCCGCGUGCUGGGCAUCUCCGUGGCUAUCGCGCAUGGGGUCUUCUCGGGCUCCCUCAACAUCUUGCUCAAGUUCCUCAUCAGCCGCUACCAGUUCUCCUUCCUGACCCUGGUGCAGUGCCUGACCAGCUCCACGGCGGCGCUGAGCCUGGAGCUGCUGCGGCGCCUGGGGCUCAUCGCCGUGCCCCCCUUCGGCCUGAGCCUGGCGCGCUCCUUCGCGGGGGUCGCAGUUCUCUCCACGCUGCAGUCCAGCCUCACGCUCUGGUCCCUACGCGGCCUCAGCCUGCCCAUGUACGUGGUCUUCAAGCGCUGCCUGCCCCUGGUCACCAUGCUCAUCGGCGUUCUGGUGCUCAAGAACGGCGCGCCCUCGCCCGGGGUGCUCGCGGCCGUGCUCAUCACCACCUGCGGCGCCGCCCUGGCAGGAGCUGGCGAUCUGACCGGCGAUCCCAUCGGGUACGUCACGGGCGUGCUGGCAGUCCUGGUGCAUGCCGCCUACCUGGUGCUCAUCCAGAAGGCCAGCGCCGACACAGAGCACGGGCCGCUGACCGCUCAGUACGUCAUCGCCGUGUCCGCCACCCCACUGCUGGUCGUCUGCUCCUUCGCCAGCACCGACUCUAUCCACGCCUGGACCUUCCCUGGCUGGAAGGACCCUGCCAUGGUCUGCAUCUUCGUGGCCUGCAUCUUGAUCGGCUGCGCCAUGAACUUCACCACGCUGCACUGCACCUACAUCAACUCGGCGGUGACCACCAGCUUCGUGGGUGUGGUGAAGAGCAUCGCCACCAUCACAGUGGGCAUGGUGGCCUUCAGCGAUGUGGAGCCCACCUCUCUGUUCAUUGCCGGGGUGGUGGUGAACACCCUGGGUUCCAUCAUUUACUGCGUGGCCAAAUUCUUGGAGACCAGAAAGCAAAGCAACUACGAGGACCUAGAGACACAGCGGGCGGGAGAGGAGGCACAGCCAAGUGGAGAUCAGCUGCCAUUCGUCAUGGAGGAGCUGCCCGCGGAGGAUGGAAAUGGCGGGUCAGAAGGUGGCAAGGCAGCAGGUGGCUCCACUCAGAAGAGUGGGCAAGAGGCAGGGGGCAGCCCCAGAGGAGGCCCGCUGGUGGCUAGGAGCUCACACAACACAGCUGCCGGCCCAGAGGAAGUGAGCAAGAGGUCACUGAAGGAUGCUUACCUCCAAGUGUGGAGGUUAGUUAGGGGAACCAAGUACAUGAAGAAGGAUUAUUUGAUAGAAAAUGAGGAGUUACCCAGUCCUUGAAAAGGAAAUGCAUGUAUGUAUAUAUGUACAUACACUUAUUUUGUAUGUUAGAGAUACUGUAUUUUAAUGAGGGGCUGCCUGAUUUUAUUCCUUGAGGAGUGGGGAAGGGAAGCAAAGAAGGAAGCUGUAACAGACUGACAGUAACAGCAUAAGCACCGUGUGAAUUAUUUAGUGUGAGCUUACCUGAGGCAUCACAGAGACAAAAGCAUGUGAAGGUGCUUAAUGAGGGAAAGCAGCGGUUCUGGCUGCAGACUCCUGGCACACGAAUUGUAUGUCUUUAGAACCGUAACCAAAUAUCUGCAUAUACUUAGAAUUCCUCAGUCCACCCCUUCCAAAGUUGGAGCAUAGACAGGAUGCCCACAUUUAAAAAGCUCAAAGAGGACCCAGGUACAUCUUCAGUGAUAGUAGAGCUACAGUUUUUAUAGCCAGCUGGCAAGAGUAUAUUAUUGAAAUAAUAUAUAUAUACAUAUAUAUGUCUAUAUACAUCUGUAUACAUGUAGACAUCUAUAUACAUCUGUAUAUAGACAUAUAUAUACACUGGAUUGAUGUUUACUGUUUGUAGUCAUCUGAAAUAUGUUUGCUCUGAUUUUUCUUCACUUAAAAGAGUAUUCUAUUAUUCUAUUGUAUAUUGGUAGAAAAUGUUAAAGGUAUUUUGAAUAUAUGAGUUCUUAGCUUUAAACCCGAAGUUUAAAGCUGGUUUUUAGUAAUUAUAAAACUAUUUUAAAGGUUGUUUGGGUUCAUUGCUUUAUAAUAUUUAUUAUUGAAUGCCGUAACCUUUUGAAAAGCCAGUUUUACUGUGUCCAAUAUUCUUUCAAGCAAAUGCAAAGGCUGAACAAUAAUUCGGUAUUAACUGAAGCCCAAACAGAAGUGAAUCCAUCCUGUUAAACUAGCUCUUUCGAGUCACACUGCCCAUCCCAAACCUGUUACAAAAACAGCAACUGCUAUAUUCACUUUAUGAUAUUUUUCUAUCUUACAUUUGUCAAAAUAAAGUAUGAGCCUCUCUGCUAAAAGACAAAGUGUUAUAAAUUUGUUUCAGGCACAUUUAUGUUCUACUGUUGCUAUGUAGGGGGCCACCCCAUGGAGAAGUUCUUCAAUUAACAGGGCAGUUUACUUUAAAACCACACCAAUCACCACAAGGACAGUCUCAUUUUCCAGUCAAGAAAACCAUUAUAUAGUAAAACAAAAUACU